CCUUCAUCAUGUUGCCACUAGCAUUAGCUCUAAUUUUCCUGUCUGAUAGAGUGGUUUUCGGUAAACCUUUUAUGGAUCCGGAACUGCUUCCGCAGUAUUUUCAAGGGGACAUCAUAGGUGAGCCGUUUCGGUCCCGGAACGGGAUGACCAGUGAGAUCUAUCGCUGGCCAAAUGGCAUUGUACAUUAUAUCAUUAAGGAAAACCACUUUAGUGACAGCCAUUAUCUGGAAAUUCUCAAAGCCAUGUCCAUCAUAGAAGCAAAUUCGUGCAUUGUUUUCAAGAUGGCCACCAAAGAAGAGCGCUUCAAGGCCGUCAUCAUUACUUCAAAUGGAAUGGGCUGCAACUCCUAUUAUUUGGGCUUCAGGAAUAGGACGCAAGUGGUCAACCUCCAGACUUAUCCACUUGGCGAGGGUUGCUUUCGUAUCGGUUCCAUAAUCCACGAGCUCCUCCACGUCCUCGGCUUCGAGCAUCAGCAUGUGGCACAAAAUCGAGACCAGUUCGUCAAGAUCCAAUGGAAUAAUAUUAAUCCGGAGUACAAUAUUAACUUCCUUAACACCGACACUUCAACAAAGUGGCACGACUUUGGUGAGGAAUACGACUACGAAAGCCUUAUGCACUAUCUUCCGAGGGCCUUUUCCAAGAACGGUGAGCCCACAAUUGUGGCUCUAAAGGAGGGGGCCGCGAACAUGGGUCAGCGACACUAUUUGAGCGAAAAGGAUAUUCGGAAGCUUAACAAAAUGUACAAGUGCCCUGGCUAUGACGAGGCAGCCUCGAUUAAAAAAAUCAUCUUAAUAUAACAAAACUUUUUAUAAAAUCUUAUUUGUACGAAAACUGAUUGACUAAUAUUUGGGCACGAAAAAAAAUCGAAUAAAAAAGGUAUUUUCUUAUA